AUGAACCCGCCGGCCGUUCCCCCCGUCUCUACCAGUGAGCCCUCCAAGAAAAGGCGCAAGUCGGCCGCCGCCGCCGGCUCCGACAAUAAAUCCAAGAAGACGAAGACGAAGACCGCGAAUGACGACGGCGAUGCACCUGCGACUACAGGCCUGGGUACCGCGACUCCAAGCACGAGUACGAAGAUAGUUGUGGCGAUGCCUGUUACUCCCGCGACUGCUACAAGUCCCAAGGCUGGUUACUGUCAUCACUGUCACAGGGGCACGGGUGUUAUCGUGUGCACACUCAUGAAGACCAUCGGAAAGAAGACGAAGCGGUGCCGGAUCGCAUUCUGCGACAAGUGCCUUCGACGGAAUUAUGAUAACAGCAUCGAGGAGAUUCACGGCGCUGGCAAACCUCACAACCUCACAACCCUCGGCCACGAUGCUAGCGAGGCUUAUCUCUUCCGCUGUCCGGUCUGCGAGAAGAAGUGCCAAUGCUACCUCCACCGACCCCCGGAGGAGGCGGCUUCAGACUCGAACACGGCCGCCAAGAGCGCAGCCCAUCUCGCUAUGUUCGCGAAAGAGGCGGGUGUUGACCCCGCAGAAAUAGAAGGCAUGAUGAAUGAUACGCCUACAAGGAACAGGGGGAAGGGGAAGGAGGUUGUCAAGGGGAAGGAGAAGGUAGUCGUCAGGCCAGAAUCUGCCAAGAAAAAGACCGACAAGGGGAAGGAGAAGGCAAUCCCCAAGUCGGAAUCGGCCAAGAAGCCAAAGGCUGAGGCUGAGGCUAAGGCUAAGGCUGAGGCCAAAGGGCUGAAAAAGGCUCCGCUGAAGAAAGAUAAGGCUAAAGAAGAGGCCCAGUCGAGCUCAACUCUCAAGCUCGUUACUAUAAGUGGUCCAAUGCCUCCGGCUGUCAAGAAGCCGAAACAUGUCGAGGAUCCCAAUUUCGAGUUUCUGGCAAUCUCGCAUCCGCUCCCGGUGAUUGCGCUUAGACUCCAAAUCCGCGAGUUUUACUUGCGCUUCGAGAAGCACUCGAAGGUGUUAGUAAAGUACGCACGCCUCAUCAACGAUCCGAAUAGCGACUGGACGGAUUUGACGUACAAGAACUUGAUCAACAUGAUGGUCAACGUCUUGCGUUAUGACGAGAAGACCCCGGCGGAGAAGAAAAUGGGGAUCGAUCCCACUAUUUUGCACGAGUCUGCCCGUGCAUUGACUACUCUGCCGGCCGAUAGCCCAGAAAUCUGGGCCAUCACUAGGGCCCUAAUCGAGGUGUGGCACGAUGGCAGGCCCCUCAGGCGCGAUAGCCCGGCUCCGUCGGCUCAGCCGGAAGAGGACGUUGACAGUGAAGACGACGAAUUCCGACUUCGUCUAAUCUGCAAGAUGAUCAACUUGGUGCUCAACACUCACACUUACCACGAGUGGGUGGAUGCUGGUGCUUCUGUCGAGAAGAAGCACAGACAGGCCUGUGUCGACGAGGUCAAGAAGCUGAAGACAGAAUGGGAGGAGCAGCGGCAAGUUCUUCAGAAGGAGCGGCUCACGCUUCCCGCCGCACACAAGGCCGACUUCGAGGUCCGAUACAAUGCUGCGCAGAACGCCUCGAAGACCCUGAUUCGCUCGGCCGAGAUGAAGGAAUGGGCGGCGAACCGCAAGACGGCUUCUCGCAUCACACCACUUGGUAUUGAUACGCUUGGUAAUCUGUACCACCUUUUUACGCAGCGGGACCCAAUGGAGGAAGAUUGGGGUUCCUGGGUCGUUGUCGAGAAAGGAAAGAAUCUUCCUCACCCAACCGGCGUCCUCCCGCCUCCACCCAGCAUCGCCAGUGACCCCGGCGCGGACCACGAGGAAGACCACGAUGAAGACCAAGAAGAGCCCGAGGAAUAUGACGAAGAGGCUAUUCGCGAGCGCGUGUGGUACGCUGUUAGUGAGCCUUGCGACAUCCGCCAGCUCGCCGAUUGGAUCAAAUACAAGGGCGACUCUGCAAUCUACGAGCAAGCGACCCAGAACCACCCGCCUACUCCAGGCCCCAGCGUCCCCGUCUCCCCGAAAAACGCCACCCCUGCGAGGCAGUUCCUUUCCAGCGUCAAUGUCUCGCCGACGAAGGGCGGUGCUCCUGCAAAUGCUCCUGCUGUUCCUGCUGCUCCUGUCAAGAAGGAGGACUUCAUGCCGCUUGUGGACAAGAUUCGAAAGAUUGCGGAUUACUUCGAGUUAAUGAUGAAUCCGGCAGUUUAG